AUCGCCAUUCAACAAACCCCACAAAAUGAAGCAUGAAAAGAAGGCUAGUUUCGCUAUUCGAUCAGGAGAUAAUAUUCUUCUGCGACUGCCAACUGGCGAGAUCAGGAGCGUCAAACUAGACAAAGACUCGACGAUAAAUCUAGGAAAAUUUGGGUCAUUCUACGCGAAUGCUCUCAUCGACCAGCCUUACGGCUUAUCGCAUGAAAUCGUUGACAAACAGCUUAGAGUACUGCUGCCUCGGACUAUGAGUGAAAUCGAGGACACGGAAGCCACCAACGAGCUCAUAAAUGACGGACAAUUCGUCCAGCCAUUGACAGGCAUCGAGAUUGAGGCUUUGAAACAAUCAGGCGUGCAUGCUUCCGACAUCAUCAACAAGCAGAUAGAAAUGCACGCAAAUUACUCUUUGAAGACAGAGUAUAGCAAAGACAAGUACAAGAAGCGUAAGGAGGCAAAAUUUUCAAGAUCAUUCAUCACCAUCGAACCUACCCUCUUCAACGUUUGUGAAUAUUGGUACAAUAAAGACCAUAGCCGUAUUCGCGAUAUCCGCGUGGACACGCUCUCUCAAAUAGUGAACAUGGCAAAUAUUCGACCCGGAGGUCGAUAUCUGGCAGUAGACGAUGCUUCUGGGAUGGUCGUCUCAGCAAUAUUGGAGCGUCUAGGCGGAAAUGGUCGGUUGAUCACCGUCUGUGAUGUCGACUCUCCACCAGCGUAUCCGGUCAUGGCCCAAAUGAACUUUCCCAAAGAACAUGUAUCAUCAACUCUGUCGUCACUAAACUGGGUGACGGCAGAGAAAGAAUAUGUACCUGUCAUGGCUCCUGUCGAGCCUACGGACAGUCAAUAUAGGUCAGAAAAGCACAAAACGCGCCUCAGCAAACGGAAGGCUCUUUCGGACACGCUAUCGAGCACUCGGGAAGAGUUGUUCUCUGGGGGAUUUGAAGGACUUGUCGUUGCUAGCGAGUACGAUCCGUUCUCUAUAAUUGAAAGGCUAGUCCUGUAUCUUGGUGGUUCUGCGUCUUUGGUAGUAUACAGUCCACAUCUUCAGAUACUGUCUGAUUUGCAGAACAAACUGCGAGAAAAUCCCCAGUACCUUGCACCCAGCGUAACGGAAAGCUGGCUUCGUCGCUAUCAGGUGCUACCAGGACGAACACACCCAACAAUGAGUACAACUGGGUCAGGAGGAUACCUUUUACAUGCGAUAAAAGUAUACGAUGAUCCUGCUGCAAUGCCCGUAGAGAUGCAUCGUCGUCCAAAAGUGAGGAAAACAGGCCCAUCACCCGCGUCUGAAGGCGAAGUCGGGCCAAAUGCGACGUCAGCAGAUCUUGAGGGGGAAGGACCAUCGAGUAGCGGGGAAGUCAAUGAACCACAUAAGGAGUAAUAGGUAUGAUCAUGGUAGGUACUCAAAUGUUCAAUUGUACCAGGUACGUUGGUCAGUUUGGUCUGGCCAAAAAGCACAGACGUCAUCGCAGGCGGCGUUACAAGUACUGGUCUGUGCCCCACAUGAGUGCAAUUGCUUUAGAGGGUACACUCGAAAUUCCCUUCCGU